AUGGCACCCAGCGCUCUCUCCCUGGAAAUCCUAACACCCAAAGAGAAGAACAGACUCAGGAAGCCCAUUGUAGAGAAGCUGCGCCGUGACCGGAUUAACAGCAGCAUCGAGCAGCUGAAACUGCUCCUGGAGAAGGAGUUUCAGAGACACCAGCCCAACUCCAAGCUGGAGAAAGCCGACAUCCUGGAGAUGACUGUCAGCUACCUGAAAUACAGCCGAGCUUUUGCAGCAUCUGCCAAAAGCCUACAGCAGGAUUACUGUGAAGGGUACGCCUGGUGCCUCAAGGAAGCUCUGCAAUUCCUGUCUCUCCAUUCAGCAAACACAGAAACCCGGAUGAAGCUGAUCUGCCAUUUCCAGGGGUCACAAGCAGUGCCUAGGGACUCUGGUUCUUCUUCUGCACCCACUUCCACCCACCAGCCCCCUGCAAAACAAGCAGCACUGAAACCCUCCUGCAGCCUCUGGAGGCCUUGGUAG